GAAAAUCGUUCUCAAAUAACACAAAUGCAUUCACACCAUGUUGUUAUUUUUUUAUUUUUACUUCUGAUGUAAUGCAAAAUCAUCCACACAUUUCUUCAUUCUGCUAUUGAUUUUUAGGAUAAAAAUUCUCCCUCUAAAUCAGAAAUGUGUAAAACCAAAAUACUCACAUCACUGCAUUCAAAGAAUGCAUUAGAGUCUAACCAAUCAGAAAUCAAGAUGAUGCCAUAUAACAACUCUCCUUCGUCUGUGUCGUUUGAAACAACAACAACUAAAGUCAAUGAGUACACUUCAACUGCUGACGCCUAUGAUAAGUUAAAAGAUAUUUCCUCUUUGUCAAAUAAUGGUAUUAUUACGACAAGGAUAUGUUCAACUACCACAGUUACUACUCCACCAAAUCCUGCAAAUACAACGUCUGUUUCAAUUCCAUCAAUAGGUAGGUUUCUUACAACUUUGUUUGAUUGUUUCAUUUGCUGCCUAUGUUCAUAUCUUUUGUAUAGAGGUUCGUUUUGUAUUGAAGGAGCUUCUGUAGCGAGGAUGUUGUUGUGUGUUUCUUCUUCAUUUCACAAGAUAUGUUGAAAAAAUAGUUCUUUAUGCCUUAAGCAACACAUUCUAGAGUCAGCUCUGAAGGAUGUGCGUGAAGGUGGUGUAGAUCUGCUACCUGAAGAGAUAGACUUUUCGACCUCGAGUAUGCAGUCGAUAUCGUCUUACUGGGUGAUAGUAUGCAGGCUGCCCAAAUCGCAUUUAAUCAGUUGGUGAUCAGUGUUUGUAAGUAUGGUAUG